GAGCAGAGAGAGCGCGCCCACCACCUUCCCUUCCCCCCUCGAUGGGAGCGGGGGCGUCCCGGCUCCCGCAGCCGCCAGAGGAGGGAGAGCCGGGGGCCGUCGCUUCGGAGUUGGGGCUGAGCAGUCCUCGGGGAGAGCGCGCCAAGACCGCUGCAGCCGCUGGCUGACGGAAGGAGAGUUUUACAUGGAAGUGGCUUACAGAAACUUGGCACUGAGGUGCAGGGAAGCCAGAAACUCUUUGUGUCUCUAAGGCCGAUGAGGAAUUUGCAAACACAUGUGGGACAUACAAGCGUUGGAUAUAGAGGACUGAGCAGGGGGAGGAACAUUUAAGCUGAUGGAAGUGGAAGUGGAAGUUGCUGUACAUUGGCAGCAAGGCCUCCGAGUUAGCUUUCGAAUGCAGUUAACUGGUUUCUCUUAACUGUGGAAUUCAUUGAAAAGUCAGACUCAGAGUGGUCGUUCCAGGAUAUCUUGAAAAGCCCAGGUUAAACCCAUCCAGAGUAAUGGCUGCGGCCUUACCCAGGACCCUGGGGGAGUUGCAGCUGUAUAGAAUAUUACAAAAAGCCAAUCUACUUUCUUAUUUUGAUGCCUUUAUCCAACAAGGUGGUGAUGAUGUCCAGCAACUCUGUGAAGCAGGAGAAGAGGAGUUUUUGGAAAUCAUGGCACUCGUGGGCAUGGCUAGCAAGCCCCUUCAUGUUAGAAGGCUGCAGAAGGCUUUGAGAGACUGGGUCACAAACCCUGGGCUUUUCAAUCAGCCACUGACUUCCCUUCCUGUCAGUAGCAUACCCAUCUAUAAAUUACCAGAGGGAUCACCAACAUGGCUGGGAAUAUCCUGCAGUAGUUAUGAAAGGAGUAGCAACGCCCGGGAACCUCAUUUAAAAAUCCCCAAAUGUGCUGCCACCACCUGUGUGCAGAGCUUGGGACAGGGGAAGUCAGAUGUGAUCGGGAGCCUAGCACUGCAGAGUGUUGGUGAGUCCAGACUCUGGCAAGGCCACCAUGCCACUGAGAGCGAGCACAGCCUCUCCCCAGCAGACCUGGGCUCCCCCGCGUCCCCAAAGGAGAGCAGCGAGGCGCUGGAUGCUGCUGCUGCGCUCUCUGUGGCUGAGUGUGUGGAGCGGAUGGCCCCCACACUGCCAAAAAGUGACUUGAACGAAGUGAAAGAGCUGCUAAAAACCAACAAGAAGUUGGCCAAAAUGAUUGGUCACAUCUUUGAGAUGAACGAUGAUGAUCCACACAAAGAGGAGGAAAUUCGGAAAUACAGUGCAAUAUAUGGCAGAUUUGACUCAAAGAGGAAGGAUGGGAAACAUCUCACACUUCAUGAGCUCACUGUUAAUGAAGCGGCUGCUCAACUCUGUGUGAAGGAUAAUGCCCUGCUGACAAGAAGAGAUGAGCUUUUUGCCUUGGCUCGACAGAUUUCUCGAGAAGUCACCUAUAAAUAUACUUACAGAACCACCAAGUCAAAAUGUGGAGAAAGAGAUGAAUUAUCCCCAAAGAGAAUUAAAGUGGAGGAUGGAUUUCCAGAUUUCCAGGAUUCUGUGCAAACACUCUUCCAGCAGGCUAGAGCUAAGAGUGAAGAACUUGCAGCUCUUAGUUCACAGCCUGAAAAGGUGAUGGCAAAGCAGAUGGAGUUCCUUUGCAACCAAGCUGGCUAUGAGAGACUGCAGCAUGCCGAGAGGAGGUUGUCUGCAGGGCUUUACAGGCAGAGCUCAGAAGAGCACAGUCCUAACGGCUUGACUUCCGAUAACUCAGAUGGACAAGGAGAAAGACCUUUGAAUCUCCGAAUGCCUAAUUUACAGAACAGACAACCCCAUCAUUUUGUGGUGGAUGGGGAGCUGAGCAGACUUUACCCCAGUGAGGCAAAGUCCCACUCAUCAGAGAGCCUUGGGAUUUUAAAAGACUACCCUCAUUCAGCUUUUACCUUAGAAAAGAAAGUCAUCAAAACAGAGCCUGAAGAUUCAAGAUAGCUGUGAUUUCUCUCACCGUUCUCUGGAAAUGGCAUCAGAUUUAAGGAUAAUACUCCAUCAUAGAAAUAAGCCUUAAUAACCAGUGUUGCCUCAUUCAGCUCAAACAGAUUUCAUAGCCAAAGCAAAAGGACUGGUACAGUAGUCUGUGGAAACCAGGAAGAUAAAACAACAGCCACAAAAGAGAAAAUCAAGAGUGUUGCAAUCUAUAACAGUAAUAUUGAUUCAUUCACAUUCCUGUGUUAAGUCAUUUUAUAUGGAAAGGCUUACAAAUCAAUAUUGUAAGCAUUCAUUAUUUAAGAAUGUACAAUGUAUUUGUGUAAUUUAUAGAAGUAAAAUCUAGAUGUUGAGACCUGUUUGGUCUAAUAGAUGUGGAUACAGUUUAUUUUACUUGAAAUUUUGUUGUCUACUUUGUGUGUUUAACGUAAAUAUAUGUCAGAGUUUAGAAUCUUUGCCUGCAGUUCUGAAAAAGAAAGCUUAAGUGAUGUAGUUAUUGGCAAGAUUGCAAUGAUUAUGGAAAAAUAGCGAAUACUCAGUUUAAGCCAAGGAAAAAUGUUGUGGAUUUAAUAUUUGAUAAAACUGAUUUUGUUUAACAGGAAAUUUUUAGCAUUCAGUCAUAUAACAUCUGGUUAUCAAUGCACGUUUACACAAUAAAUACUUGAGUGGAGGAAAGUUAAAAAGAUGAGCACUAGAGUAGAAAAUAUAUCUUAAACUAGUUGACCUAGAUUGUAUUAAUAGCUACUUAAGAUGUUUCAAAGAUAGGAAGCUAUUGCUUGGACAGAGAACUUGAAAUAAGUGGACCCAUGUAUAAAAGCUUUGACUUAAACAUUGAUAUUUCAGAAUGUGUUAAAUAGAUUAAGACAUAGUAAGUUAACCCUACAUGUUAUAAAGAUGGUGACUGUUAACAAAGGCUGUAAUAGAUUAAGUACUAUUUUAUAUCCAGAAAGUCUUCUCUAUGUAGAGAAGUCAAGAGAGACUAGAUGCUUUCACUAGGGAAUGUCUUCCCACCCAGCCAUCACAAGUGUGGACAAUCACUGCAUCCACAUCUGUAGGCAUAUUUCUAUGGAAGUUUAGUUGACAGCUAUAUUCAUUAUUUAUUUUAUGAUUUCAUUUUUCUACACCUUUGAGAUUUAUGAAUGCAGUUUUUUCUUAAAAUUUAUUUUAACUUGACGGUAUGUUUUUAGUUCCCCCAAUUUAAUUAAUGGACCAUGUGCAUAUAUAUGGGAGUGUGCUUACAUGUUAAUAAUUUACUUGCAUACUUAUGAGAAUUUCACAUUGGAAUUCAUAAUGGUAAAACAACAUACAUCUGCCAAUAUACGUUUUUUCUGUUGGUUUAAGAGAAGAUAACUGACAGCUUUACCUACUUCCUACAGAUGCAUCUAAACCCAGAUAUUACUGAGUAGAGUGUAUUGACUCUGAGUGUAAGAGAGUAUGUGUUUUUUUGUUUUUAGUUCUGCUCUAGAUCAUAAUUGUAAAAAAUAUUAAGUCAUAAUCUGUUACACUAAAAUUUGUCAGCCAAAUGUUAGAUGAAAUGUCUGCACUGUAGUCUCAGAUCACUGUCACGUAUAUAAAUUGCUUCUUCAUUUUAAUUUGUAGAAGUACUUUACAGUAGGAAACACCAGUAAACAACUUUUAUACUGUUAAAAGGCUUUUUUCCCCUUCCUAAAUGUUUUAAUUGUACCAUAGUGUUUUGCUCACUGAAGAAGCUUCUUAUGGACCUUGCAACUUUGUUGCUAGCUUGAGGUUGAUUAUUGUGGUUGUAUUGUUCACUGUGUGUAGAAAUAGUAUGAGUACGAUUUCAAUAGACUGUUCAGUUUUUAAUAUUAGCCAUAGCACUGGUUAGUAUCUCAGUAGUUUCAUGAAACGUUUCCUGUAUUCUAAUCUAUUUUGAAACAUUUUGUUUUUUUUUAAUUGUGUCUUACAGUCAAGUUUGUAGAUUUUCAUAAGCCACAAUUUUAAAAGAUGCAGUAAUCUUCCAACUUCCAAUAUUUAUCCAUUCGUUGUGGACCCACAGAUUGCAUCUUUAAAUUCAUAAUAAGUUUCCUUAACUAUCUUAUGUUUCUAGUCUUUCAAGCUUAGUGAUAAGGUGGAAGCACAAGAAAAAUUUCAGUAGAAUACAGUUUUUAUUUUGUAAACACUAAUGUAUUAAACUUGCUAUACAUUAAAGCAAAUAAUAUAUAUUUUUAUUUGAACUGUAUAUGUGAAUUGGAAGUUAUAACUAGUUGAUUUUUUCAUUUUGUUAGAGGUAUUUUCACUGAACAAGGUCAAUUGGUUACCUCAGUAUUACAGCCAAUAUAGUCCAAGGGACCAUUUCUCCCCGAGUCUCUUACACUUUAUUGUGCGAUGUCCACGUUUUUGUGACUCUUCAAGCUGUUGGUGAGGUGGGACGAAUGCACUUGCUUCCUGUGGCAAUAAAGAUUUUCUGUGCCUCACA